AUGUGGUUCAUGUACGUGCUGAGCUGGCUGUCGCUCUUCAUCCAGGUGGCCUUCAUCACGCUGGCCGUCGCCGCCGGACUUUAUUACCUGGCCGAAUUGAUAGAAGAAUACACAGUUGCAACCAGCAGGAUCAUAAAAUACAUGAUCUGGUUCUCCACAGCUGUGCUGGUUGGCCUCUACGUUUUUGAGCGCUUCCCCACCUACAUGAUUGGCGUGGGCCUCUUCACCAACCUGGUCUACUUUGGCCUCCUCCAGACCUUCCCCUUCAUCAUGCUGACCUCACCUAACUUCAUCCUGUCGUGCGGGCUAGUGGUGGUGAAUCAUUACCUAGCGUUUCAGUUUUUUGCAGAGGAAUAUUACCCUUUCUCAGAGGUCCUGGCCUAUUUCACCUUCUGUCUGUGGAUAAUCCCGUUCGCGUUCUUCGUGUCGCUCUCGGCUGGGGAGAACGUCCUGCCCUCCACCAUGCAGCCAGGAGAUGACGUGGUCUCCAAUUACUUCACCAAAGGCAAGCGGGGCAAACGCUUAGGGAUCCUGGUUGUCUUCUCAUUCAUCAAAGAGGCCAUUCUACCCAGUCGGCAGAAGAUAUACUGA